UAUUUGAAUGGCAUGUCCCACAAUAACAAAGAUGGCGGCCCCCUGUAGAAAUUUUUUCGCGUGUGCUUCACGCCUUCCGAUCGACUUACUUGGCGUAACCUCUACAGUACAAAAAUGCCUCUUUUUUCAGCAUUCAACAACAAGGAUAGGCGUAAUCACAAGAUAUGUAAAGACCCGGUACAUUGCAAGUUUCAGGAAGUUAGAGUGCUCCUUGAAUUCCAGAGAGCGACAGCUGAAUGUCGAAGACGAAGGCAGAAUUCAGGAUAGAUUACUCAAGAAGGUUAUACCGCUCUGGAGAUCGAGAAUGGCAUAUGAAGACCAACUAAAGUGGAAAUACCAUGAAGCAGCCCAUGUGUUGAAGAUUCUGUCCAGGAAGCUGUCAGCAGUCUGUCCUGCAGACUCACCCGUCAUGAGGCAGGCUGAGGAGAACAGCGGCAUGUGUUGUCCACUGGAUGCUACCAAACCCUCUCCCAUCACAGAAGGCUACAGAAACAAGUCCAACUUCUCUAUCAACAAGGGACUGGAUGGGAAUGAGAAGACAGUGGGACUGUUUUCUGGCAGAGGAAGACGAUAUAACAUCAUCUGUGUCCCAGCAGACAGGUGUGUCAACAUACCUGAGUCACAUCUACAGGUAGCUAGGCUGUACCAGCAGUACAUCCGGUCCUCUCCUCUGCCGGCCUGCAUCCUGUUCCACGAGGGAGGGCACUGGAGGGAGAUCACGGUCAGAACCAACAUGGCGGGGGACAAGAUGGUCAUCAUCACCUUCUUCCCUGCUGACCUCUCACAGGUCAGGAACAGGAUAUAUUUCAUUUACACAGUACUGAAAAGUUGUUUGUAUCUAAUCAACUCAAACUGCAUGACGCCGGAUGUCGCCCCCCUCGGCUGA